GACAUCACCCUACAGCAGUUCAGGCUGUGGUUCGCAGGAAGCAUACAUUGGCUUUUUGAUUCGUGCUAGUUCCCACCUCGCAGUUUGGGAGGAUCUAACACCAGCCUGCACGUGAAGGGGGAACCAAGGACAGUGAGGAGCUGGGUGGUCCCAGCCCUGGAGCCCUGCCAGCCCAACAUGGGAAUCUUCCCGACCCCCAGAGCCCUGCAGAUGUCGCCGGGAAAGUGGUGAUCCAGGCAGGACCAGGCUGCCACCCACGGGACAGAGAAAUGGAGGCAAACGACCAUUUUAACUUUACUGGCCUUCCCCCUGCACCUGCUGCCUCAGGACUGAAACCCUCUCCCUCCUCAGGGGAGGGGCUCUACACUAACGGGUCUCCCAUGAACUUCCCCCAGCAAGGGAAAAGUUUGAAUGGGGAUGUGAAUGUUAAUGGCUUAUCUACUGUAUCUCACACUACUACUUCAGGGAUUUUGAACUCUGCUCCCCAUUCCUCCAGCACCUCACACCUCCAUCACCCCAACGUGGCCUAUGACUGUCUCUGGAACUACUCACAGUACCCACCUGCCAAUCCUGGCAGCAACCUCAAGGACCCACCCCUUCUCUCCCAGUUCUCGGGGGGACAAUACCCACUCAACGGCAUCCUUGGGGGCAGCCGGCAACCUUCAUCCCCAAGUCACAACACUAACCUUCGGGCUGGGAGCCAAGAGUUCUGGGCCAACGGUACCCAGAGUCCCAUGGGGCUUAACUUCGAUUCACAGGAACUAUAUGAUUCCUUUCCUGACCAGAAUUUUGAGGUGAUGCCCAAUGGACCCCCUAGUUUUUUCACCUCCCCACAGACUUCUCCUAUGUUGGGAUCCAGCAUCCAGACCUUUGCACCCUCCCAGGAGGUAGUCAGUGGUAUCCAUCCUGAUGAGGCAGCAGAAAAGGAGCUGACUUCAGUUGUGGCGGAGAAUGGCACUGGCUUGGUAGGCAGCCUGGAGCUGGAAGAGGAGCAGCCAGAACUAAAGAUGUGUGGUUACAACGGCUCUGUCCCUUCUGUGGAAUCAUUACACCAAGAGGUCUCAGUCUUGGUCCCUGAUCCCACAGUGAGCUGCCUAGAUGAUCCUUCACAUCUUCCUGAUCAACUGGAAGACACUCCAAUCCUCAGUGAAGUCUCUCUGGAGCCCUUCAACACUUUGGCACCGGAGCCAGUGACUGGAGGACUCUAUGGUAUAGAUGACACGGAGCUGAUGGGUGCAGAGGACAAGCUGCCUCUUGAGGACAGCCCUGUGAUCUCUGCCCUCGAUUGUCCUUCCCUCAAUAAUGCCACUGCCUUCAGUCUCCUGGCAGAUGACAGUCAAACUUCAGCCUCUAUCUUUGCCAGCCCCACCUCUCCACCUGUCCUUGGGGAGUCUGUUCUGCAAGAUACUAGCUUUGACCUGAAUAAUGGCAGUGAUGCAGAACAGGAAGAGAUGGAGACUCAGGCUUCAGACUUCCCACCAUCUCUGACCCAGCCAGCCCCUGACCAGUCAUCCACUCUUCAGCUCCGUACAGCACCCUCGCCAGCGGUCUCACCAACAGCCUCGCCAGCAGUCUCCCUGGCGGUUUCUCCAGCAGCCUCCCCGGAAAUCUCUCCAGAAGUCUCUCCAGCAGCCUCCCCAGAAAUUUCCCCAGCCAUCUCCCCGGCAGCCUUCCCAACAGUCUCUCCAACUUCCUCAGCAGCCCUCCCACCCAUCUCCUCAGAAGUCUCCUUGAUGGCCUCCCCAGUGACCUCCCCAAAAGCCUCCCCCACACCUUCCCCAGCAGCUGUCUUCCCAGCAGCCUCCCCAGCAGAUAAGAAUGUCAGCAGCUUCCUUGAGACAACUGCUGACCUGGAAGAGAUCACUGGAGAAGGAGUCACUCCCUCUGGUAGUGGUGAUGUCCUGAGGAGACGUAUUGCUACCCCAGAAGAAGUUCGUCUUCCCCUCCAACAUGGGUGGCGGAGAGAGGUGCGCAUCAAGAAGGGCAGCCACCGAUGGCAGGGGGAGACCUGGUAUUACGGCCCCUGUGGGAAGAGGAUGAAACAGUUCCCGGAAGUGAUCAAGUACCUGAGCCGCAAUGUGGUACACAACGUCCGCCGUGAGCACUUCAGCUUCAGUCCCCGUAUGCCUGUUGGUGAUUUCUUUGAAGAGAGAGACACACCAGAGGGCUUGCAGUGGGUACAGCUCUCAGCAGAGGAGAUCCCAUCCAGGAUUCAGGCAAUUACUGGGAAACGGGGCCGACCUCGAAACACUGAGAAGGCCAAGACCAAGGACGUCCCCAAGGUGAAACGGGGCCGAGGUCGGCCACCCAAGGUCAAAAUCACUGAGCUGUUGAAUAAGACAGACAACCGCCUCCUAAAGAAAUUGGAGGCCCAAGAAACACUGAAUGAGGAAGAUAAAGCGAAGAUGAGUAAAAUCAAGAAGAAGAUGAAGCAGAAGGUACAACGGGGAGAGUGUCAGACUACUAACCAAGGGCAGGCCAAGAACAAGAGGAAACAAGAGACCAAGAGCUUAAAGCAGAAGGAGGCCAAGAAGAAAUCGAAGGCUGAGAAGGAGAAAGUAAAAACAAAGCAGGAAAAACUGAAGGAAAAAGUCAAGAGGGAGAAGAAGGAGAAGGUAAAAAUGAAGGAAAAGGAGGAGGUGGCCAAAGCCAAGCCAGCCUGUAAAGCAGAUAAAGCGCUGGCCACACAGAGGCGCUUGGAGGAGCGGCAGAGGCAGCAGAUGAUCUUGGAGGAGAUGAAGAAGCCUACAGAGGACAUGUGUCUGACUGACCACCAGCCCCUGCCCAACUUCUCACGCAUCCCUGGUCUGAUCCUGCCUAGUGGGGCCUUCUCAGACUGCUUGACCAUUGUGGAGUUCCUGCACAGCUUCGGCAAGGUGCUGGGCUUUGACCCUGCCAAAGAUGUACCUAGCCUGGGGGUCCUGCAGGAGGGACUCCUGUGUCAAGGCGACAGCUUGGGCGAGGUGCAAGAUCUGCUGGUGCGGCUCCUGAAAGCUGCGCUCUAUGAUCCUGGCUUGCCUUCCUACUGUCAGUCUUUAAAGAUCUUGGGCGAGAAGGUGUCCGAGAUCCCACUAACAAGAGACAAUGUGUCUGAGAUCCUGCGCUGCUUCCUCAUGGCGUAUGGAGUGGAGCCAGCCCUCUGCGACAGCCUGCGCACCCAGCCUUUUCAAGCCCAGCCGCCCCAGCAGAAGGCUGCUGUCCUGGCCUUCCUUGUGCAUGAGCUCAAUGGCUCCACCCUCAUCAUCAAUGAGAUUGACAAGACUCUGGAGAGUAUGUCCAGCUACAGGAAAAACAAGUGGAUUGUUGAAGGCCGGCUCCGGAGAUUGAAAACUGCUUUGGCCAAGCGAACUGGGCGACCUGAGGUAGAGCUGCAGGGGCCGGAGGAAGGCCUGGGGCGGAGGCGCAGUUCUCGGAUCAUGGAGGAGACCAGUGGCAUGGAAGAGGAGGAGGAGGAGGAGACUACAGCUGCCGUCCAUGGCCGUAGGGGUCGAAGAGAUGGAGAGAUUGAUGUCAUAGCAUCUAGCAUCCCAGAGCUAGAGCGCCAGAUAGAAAAACUCAGCAAGCGUCAGCUCUUCUUUCGCAAAAAGCUGCUUCACUCAUCCCAGAUGCUUCGGGCAGUCUCCUUGGGUCAGGACCGCUACAGACGCAACUACUGGGUGUUGCCCUAUUUGACUGGUAUCUUUGUGGAAGGAACAGAGGGGAGCUUAGUUCCUGAGGAUGUGAUAAAGCAGGAAACUGACUCCUUAAAAGUGGCAACCCAUUCAACACCCAGCCCAGCCUCCUUCUCUCUGAAGAGGGAGUUAGCUGGCUCCAGCACCGCUGCCAGUUCUCCUGCCCGGGCCCGAGGCCGACCUCGGAAAACUAAGCCUGGGUCUGUGCAACCUAGGCACUUGAAAUCUCCUGUCAACAGUCAAGGUUCAGAACAGCUGCAGGUCCAGCUUCAGCCCGAGACUCAGCCUCAUCCUCAGCUUCAGGCUCAUGCCCAGCCCCAGCCCCAGCUUCAGUCCCAUCCUCACUCCCAUAAUGGGUUCCUAGAGCCAGAGGGCUCCCCUUUGUCUCUGGGUCAGAGCCAGCACGACCUCAGCCAGUCAGCCUUCCUGUCUUGGCUGAGCCAGACUCAGAGCCAUGGCUCCCUGCUCAGUAGCUCAGUCCUUACACCUGAUAGCAGCCCCGGAAAACUGGACCCAGUGCCAUCACGGCCCCCGGAGGAGCCAGAACCUGACGAGACAGAAGCCAGCCCCGAUUCUCAAGCUCCCUGGUUUAACUUCUCAGCCCAGGUGCCCUGCAGUGCUGCCCCUACACCACCCCCUGCAGUUUCUGAGGACCAGCCCACUGCUUCCCCUCAGCUAUCUGCCUCCUCCAAGCCAGUGAAUAGACCCAGUGCUGCCAACCCCUACUCUCCAGUGCAGCUCUCUUCCACCCCCUUGCUGGGCGUGGCUCCUAAAAGGCGAGCAGGAGACCCUAGAGAAACACCACAGAGCCCCACAGGGAUGGGACAGCCAAAACGGAGAGGGAGACCUCCCAGUAAGUUCUUCAAACAGAUGGAGCAGCGUUACCUAACCCAGCUGACAGCCCAGCCCGUCCCCCCUGAGAUGUGCUCGGGCUGGUGGUGGAUCCGAGAUCCUGAGACAUUGGAUGCCAUGCUCAAGGCCCUGCACCCCCGAGGCAUCCGAGAGAAGGCACUUCACAAACACCUAAACAAGCACAGGGACUUCUUACAAGAAGUCUGCCUACGGCCCUCAACUGACCCCAUCUUUGAGUCUAGUCAGCUCCUUGCCUUUCAAGAAGGGAUCAUGAGCUGGUCCCCCAAAGAGAAGACGUAUGAGACAGACUUGGCUGUGCUUCAGUGGGUAGAGGAGCUGGAACAGCGGGUUAUCCUGUCCGAUCUGCAGAUUCGGGGCUGGACACGUCCCAGCCCAGACUCUACUCGUGAAGACUUGGCCUACUGUGAGCAUCUACCUGACUCCCAGGAGGAUAUCACCUGGCGGGGUCGAGGCAAGGAAGGACUGGCACCCCAGCGUAAAACUACCAACCCCCUGGACCUGGCAGUGAUGCGACUCGCUGCCCUGGAGCAGAAUGUGGAGCGGCGGUACCUGCGGGAGCCCCUAUGGCCAGCUCAUGAGGUUGUGCUGGAGAAGGCCCUGCUCAGCACGCCCAGUAGUGCCCCACAGUGUACCACUACAGAGAUAUCAUAUGAGAUCACCCCUCGCAUUCGAGCCUGGCGCCAAACGCUAGAGCGGUGCUGGAGCGCGGCCCAGGUCUGCUUGUGCCUGGGCCAGCUGGAGAGGUCCAUUGCCUGGGAGAAGUCUGUCAACAAAGUGACCUGUCUAGUCUGCCGGAAGGGUGACAACGAUGAGUUUCUUCUACUUUGUGACGGGUGUGACCGUGGCUGCCAUAUUUACUGCCUUCGGCCCAAGAUGGAGGCUGUCCCAGAAGGAGACUGGUUCUGCGCUGUCUGUUUGGCCCAGCAGGUAGAGGGAGAAUUGACUCAGAGGCCAGGUUUCCCAAAACGAGGCCAGAAGCGGAAAAGUAGUUUUGUGCUGAACUUCCCAGAAGGUGACAGCUGCCGGCGCCGGCUGCUGUCGAGGGGCCGAGAAAGCCCGGCAGUGCCUCGGUGCUCAGAAGGAGGACAGUCCCCCUCAAAGCGGCGGCGGCUCUCCAUGCGGAACCACCACAGUGAUCUCACUUUUUGCGAGAUUAUCUUGAUGGAGAUGGAGUCCCAUGAUGCAGCCUGGCCUUUCCUGGAGCCUGUGAACCCACGAUUGGUGAGUGGGUACCGGCGCAUCAUCAAAAACCCUAUGGAUUUUUCCACCAUGCGGGAGCGGCUGCUCCGGGGAGGGUACACCAGCUCAGAGGAGUUUGCAGCUGAUGCACUUCUGGUCUUUGACAACUGCCAGACAUUCAAUGAGGAUGACUCUGAAGUGGGCAAGGCUGGGCACAUCAUGCGUCGCUUCUUCGAGAGCCGCUGGGAGGAAUUUUAUCAGGGAAAACAGGCCAAUCUGUGAGGCAAGGGAGGUGGGGAGUCACCUUGUGGCAUUGCUCCCUGCCCUCCAAACAAACAGACCCUGCCAUUCUCACCUGCUGAUGCUGCCCUGGGUCCAGACUCGAGUCAGAGGUAGAACCCUGAUUUUCGACCCUACCUUUGGCAGCGCCCUACAUCUUCUUAUCCCUACACCCCUUUCUUCCUUUCCUCCUCUUGUUCCUCACAUAAGAGGGGCAGAGAUGAGGUCCUUCUGGACUGAAAGCCAAAAAAAAAAAAAAAAAAAAAAAAAAAAAAGAAAGAAAGAAAAAAUAAUUUUUCCUUUCUGUUUUAUUUCCUAAUUAAAAAAGAGGAGGAGGAUGAAAGAAGCCCCUACUUCCUCCUCCCAGCUUUCUCACCUUCCCUGUACAUGCCCCAGCAUUCUGGGGCUAUUUAACAAUAGCAAUAGUUCUAGUGAAUGUGUGAAACCAAGAAACACUCUGUACUGUGUGUGGACCCGCAGUGACGGCCAGUAAAGUGGACUUAACUCCCAAGUGUGUCGAGCCGGACACCGGGCCCUGAACAUGCUGCUUCCAUGUUCAGUCCCUCCCCCGCUUUUCACUUUCUCUCUCUCAGUCCCUCCCCCUGCCACCUUUUCAGAUUUUCUCUCAUCCAGUAAUGUAAAACUGUUGUGUACGGGUUCCUCCAUCCUUUUCCCCCAAAUCUUUUUUCCCUUCAAAGGAAAAAGAAGUUCAGAGGUCCCUGUCUUUCUCUCUGUCCUCAUCUUCCUGCCAAUAGCUAGUCCCUCUGUAAUGUUGGAUACUCCUCAAAUGCUGAGUUUCUAGCCUUUUCUGAAACUUAGCAAACUGGGGAGAGGGCAGGGAGGCAUCCUGAACCCUGGGCCUUCCAGCCUCCUUCCCCACCUCUUACCCAAACCUCCUUCUUGGGAACUCCUCAGGGACUACUACUGCUGAGUUUGGGCACACCCCCAAGAUGGAGGCCAGGUAGCAAUCGACUGGCCUGAGAGAGAGAGAGAGAGGUGUGUGUGUGUGAGAGAGUGAGUGAGUGAGAGGAUGCUGUGAUUGUGCCCCUAUUUUGUUUGGUGGCAUCCAUUCAGUUUUUCCCCCCAAGUAUCUGUUUUCCAUUGUUUCCAACCAUUGAAACACCUUUCCCAUUGUUUCACACCAUCACUUUGUCUUUGGGAAACCACAGGAACAGUUUUUCUGGGUACAAGGCUGUGUCUCUCCCCUCUCUCCCAGUCAUUUCUGUUCCAGCCUCUUCAAACUGUGCAAUCUUUCAGCAGGAACUCCCUCUCCUUUCAGUAGCUCUGAGUCUUAAGCUUUUGCAGGGAGAGGGGUAGAACUGGAUCUCUUCCUAAUCCCAUGAGCUUCUGUGGGUUUAGUAGUGCUUUCCUUCCCUUAUCUACUUCAUAUCCUGGGACCCCUUCCCCAGUAGCAGAGACCCCAGAACACAGGAGAGUAGGGAGGAGAGGUUCUGGGUCCACCACUGCCCUACAUGUGACUGUGCCCAAGUUAAGCCCCAACCUGUGAGAGGAAAGCUGCUAACUCCCAGCUGUAGCCAUGGGCCCCUGGCCCCUGCUUUCCUGCUCAGCAGAGCCCCUCCCAUCAGAGAUUACGGGUACUUGCACUGGGGAGGUGGCUGCUGGCUGGUCCAAGCAGAGAGCUGAGGCAUCCAAGAAGUGUUCCAUUGGUGGGAGAGGGGUGCCAGGUGAGGGGAGCAUUCCUUGUGCUUUUGGCAGCACUGAAUAGCCACUGAAGGGGGUGAAGGGGCAGUACAGGUCCCGGGGCAGCCCCUUUCUUAUUCCUUUAUGCCCCUUCUCCCCCAUAGCCUAUUUCUAAAGUCGCCUUUUCUGUCAGAUAAACCUCAGAACUUUUAAUUUUAUUUGAGAUUUUUUUUUUUUUUGCUUUUAAAUAAGAGGUGGAUUGAAGAAUAUUUGAAUUGACUUUAUAUUAUGCAUAAAUAUUUAUAUUUUAUCUAAAUAACUGCGCUGUAACAAACUUUGUGUUAGUCAGACAUUUGGAACUUGUAGUUGGGGGCUCUUCUUUUCCCCACGGCAGUCUUACCCUGCUAUAUAAAAUGUUCUAGAUUAAUUCUACUGUUGGAGGUUAGGUGGACGGGGGAGUGAAAUCUUGAUUGUUCCUGUUCUGUGUUCCUCUCCCAGCUCCAUCUCUUUCCCUAGGGACCAGGCACUCUUAAGGUGGGGUGGAGUCCUAGCCUCAAUUUGAAGUGAGGGUUGAUGGGGGGCGGGGGGAGGGCAUGACCAAAGGGGGGCCGUUUCUCACUUUUCUUUCCUCAUCUUCACUGCCCCUUGAGCUAGGUGGAUUUUCUCUUCUUGACAAAUAAGAGGAGUAUUUGAUAGGGAAGGCAAGUUAAAAAAGUAAAUAAAACCCACCCCUACCCCUUUUGUUUCCCCUCCCCUAUCAGUCUGGUAACAGGAAGAAACCACACCAUCAACACCAACAAGUUUCCAUGUUCCUUUUACAACAAAAGGGACUUGACUUUUUAUAUAACCAAAUGUGGUGUUUUAGUGACUUUUUGAUAAUGUACA